GGCAGGGGAGUGUGCCCGGAAGGGAGGCAGCGCUGCCUGCUCCCGGGAUCCCGUGGCCCGACCCGCGUGGCCCUGUCGGAGCCCUGGGCGCGAGGAUGCUGCAGGGUCAGCCCGGGGAGAGGGAGCCGUGGCGGCUCCGGGUACCGGCGGCCCAGGGUGCGGGGACCCGCCCUCUGCUCUGCAAGCUUCCUGCGGUGCUCCGCUCCUCAGCUGUCACUCCCGGGAGCCCCGCUUGAGACCCUCCCCCCACCCCCCCGCACAGGUCAAGGACGAGUGAGGUCUCCAGGGGGUCCUGGAGAGAAGGAUGAUGAGCCUGGGGUGGUCCUGAUCUCAGCGCCCGGGUUUGCUUUGCCAUCUGGAGGCCUUGUGUGCCACCACCUGAAUGAAUGAGAGACAUCACAGCAGUGCUCAGCUCUGGCUUAUGAUGAUGCCAGGGAUUGAACCUGUGACUGUGGAGCCACAGUCUCAUACCACCACUCCAAUCCUGCGCCCCCCCUGCGCCAUGUGCACGGCGGCACUGCUGAGCCUGGCCCGGGGCAGUGGCAGCCAGGUGCCCAGGCGGGCACUGCUGCGGGGGCUGCUGCUGCAGGAGGAGCGCCGGGUGCCAGCCGCCGGCCUCAGCGGCCCGUCGGAGCUCCGGUGCUCGCGCUUCGACCCUGAUGGCAGUGGGCGCCCUGCCACCUGGGACAGCUUCGGCAUCUGGGACAACCGCAUUGAUGAGCCCAUCCUGUUGCCGCCCAGCAUCAAGUAUGGCAAGCCCAUCCCCAAGGUCAGCCUGGCCAACGUGGGCUGCGCCUCGCAGAUCGGCAAGCGGCGCGAGAAUGAGGACCGCUUCGACCUGGCGCAGCUGGCUGACGACCUGCUCUAUUUCGCCGUGUACGAUGGGCAUGGCGGGCCCGCGGCCGCAGACUUCUGCCACAGCCACAUGGAGCAGUGCAUCCUGGAUUUGCUUCCUAAAGAGAAGAACUUGGAAACAGUGUUGACCUUGGCUUUUCUAGAAAUAGAUAAAGCUUUUUCAAGACAUGCACAGCUAUCUGCUGAUGCAACCCUGCUGACAUCAGGGACCACGGCCACUGUCGCCCUGUUGAGGGAUGGCAUUGAACUGGUGGUGGCCAGUGUGGGGGACAGCCGGGCUAUCUUGUGCCGGAAAGGCAAAGCCAUGAAGCUCACCAUUGACCACACUCCAGAAAGAAAAGAUGAGAAAGAAAGGAUCAAGCGCUGUGGUGGCUUCGUGGCCUGGAACAGUGUGGGGCAGCCACACGUGAACGGCAGGCUCGCCAUGACCCGGAGCCUGGGCGACGUAGAUCUGAAGACCAGUGGCGUGAUAGCGGAGCCUGAAACCAAGAGGGUCAAGAUCCACCAUGCAGAUGACAGCUUCCUGGUCCUCACUACGGAUGGGAUCAACUUCAUGGUCAACAGUCAAGAGAUCUGUGAUUUUAUCAGUCAGUGCCAUGACCCCAACGAAGCUGCCCACGCGGUGACUGAACAGGCUAUCCAGUACGGGACUGAAGAUAAUAGCACUGCAGUUGUCGUGCCUUUUGGUGCUUGGGGAAAAUACAAGAACUCUAAAAUCAACUUCUCCUUCAGCAGAAGUUUCGCCUCUAGCGGACGCUGGGCCUGACUGCAGGAACUGGGAGUAAUCUUCACUGUUAAGGAGAGAGUUAGGAGAAGUGCCUGUGACUCAGGGCACAGUCAGUGCAUAAGCCAGUGUAAACUACAUAACUGUUUUCUCUGACCACUUGCCAUACUUAUGUUCUGCUGUCCAUAUCCGGUGUGAACAUCUGUGUGAUUCAGCUACUGUGUGUGAGCAGAUACAGAGUGGGUUUGGCAUGCCCACUGAAUGUUCGAGUUCUCCCUUGUCAAAACUCUUAGGCAGCUACGGGUUUCUCACAGUCACUUUUGCUUUUAACCCAUUUGAACAGCUUCUUCUCUUUGAGCUUCUUAAGACU